AUGAGCCGCGCGGUGCUAAUCAGCGCGCGAGGCGGCGGUAGCGGCGGCGCGUUCGGCGCGAACCGCAUUGUGGUGCUCUUCACCGUGUCGCUGCUGCUCGUGGCGUCCGCUGCCGCUUCAUUCUUCGCCUUCUGCCCCGCCUCGUCGCGAUCCAUCGACGAAACUAAGCAGCACCAGCGGCAGUUGCAGCAGGAGCAGCAGGAGGGGGUGGUUGGGAACUUCAGCGCAAGUCAACCGAGUCAACAGGGGCAACAGCAGGUCAACGGCGCCAGUGAAGGGGGAAGAGGAGAGGCAGGAGAUGGAUCAGGGGGAGGAGGGGCAGGAGGGGCAGGAGAGGCAGCAGCAGGGCCGGGGGAGCAGGAGGAGAUAGAUGAGAAUCAGCCGCCGGAAACUUCGGGGAAAUGCCCCCCAUCUGAAACAAUUGUCAAGCACAGCCUGUGGCACGCCAGCGGGCGCUACUUCCACUCUAUGGGCGUCUUCCCUUUCUGCUCCAUGGACGCAUGCUUCAACUACUCGCGCUGCCCCGCAGACCCCUCCCACGAGCCGCUAGUCUACUCCUACUGGCCCGGCCAGCAUUACUUUAAGAGGUUCAAUGAGACCCGCUGGCACACAGACGAUCCUGCCAAGGCGUGUUUCUUCUUUGUGCAUAUGGCGAGAGGGCAACCGAACGAGUUCACGGAUUUGGAGCACUGGGGAGAGAACGGCGCUAACCACGUGCUCAUAAGUUUCUCAGACUCUUGGAGCGGUCCAUCCCCUUUUGGAGUCUCCUCGGCAAUGGUUAUGGUCACCAACGCACAGGCCACGAUCAUGAGAACAGAUUUCGACACUUCCAUCCCGCUGCCCCAAAUGUGGAAAAACCCGCCCGUUGAGCUCCGGAACCUGCCCGCCGGAUCUGCCCGGAAAUAUUUCCUGACGUUCCGAGGCACGCGUUACCUGGGGAAUUUGAAGGGUAAUUUCCGGAGUGCCCCGGAGUUUAAGGCGUUGCACAACGGCAAGGAUGUGGUUGUGCUGACAAGAUGCGGGGGAUCUACCAACGCGCGCAUUCUCGCAGAGGAACCUUCCUUGAAGCCCGAGUGCGACGAGGAUGCCAAGCUGUACACUCAGUACGACUUUGCUGACGUCAUGAACACCACCUUCACUCUUGCUCCGGCCGGCCGACAAGGUUCCACCUAUAGGUUCCUGGAGGCGCUAACAGUGGGAGCCAUCCCAGUGGUGGUGGCGGACAACUGGCGGUUACCAUUCGACGACAUCAUCUCAAUGAAGCGCUCGGAAGAAAAGCGCGCCAAAUCCCCCAAAACCUCCAAGAAAAAGGCGAAAACAGACUCGCCGUCGGUCAAGUCUUCCAAAAAGCCGAAACCCUCAGCUAAAUCCGCAGACGGAGCGGCGAAGAGCUCGCUGCGCGCCGAUGACGACACGUGGAAGCAGCGCGCCUCGGCCGAGAAGGACCACGCCGAUCUCUCCGGCGGCAGCGACGGCGACGCCGCAGACGGCAUUGAUCCCGCCGCUGCCGGCGCGGCCAGCACGGCAGGAGGGGGCGAGGCCGGCGUGGGUGAUGGGUAUGAGGAGAUGACGGGGUUAGUUCUCCGCAAUGAGGAAUUUGAGGACGGCAACACGGGCGGCAGCGGCAGUGGCGGCGUGCGAUGCCUGCACGAAGUUGCGUACCCCAAGGGCUGGAAGCUUCCGACCAGCAAGGAAGCUGCGCGGAAACCGCUGCCGGAGAAGCCCGCCAAGGAGUACCCGUUUAAGCUUGACCCGUUUCAGGAAGAGGCCGUGCGGUGCUUGGAAGCGAACGAAUCCGUGCUGGUGUCAGCACACACAUCUGCUGGGAAAACAGUGGUGGCAGAAUACGCCAUAGCCAUGGCGAUGCGGGACAACCAGCGGGUCGUGUACACGUCGCCCAUCAAGGCGCUGAGCAACCAGAAGUUCCGGGAAAUGAGUCAGGAGUUUGGGGACGUGGGGCUCAUGACUGGCGAUGUCACCAUUGCCCCCAACGCAACAUGCCUGGUUAUGACCACUGAGAUUCUCCGCAGCAUGCUGUAUCGAGGAUCUGACUUCGUGCGCGAGGUGGGGUGGAUUAUAUUCGACGAGGUGCAUUACCUGAGGGACAAGGAGCGAGGGGUGGUGUGGGAGGAGAGUAUCGUCAUGGCUCCCAAGUCCUCCCGCUUCGUCUUCCUCUCCGCUACGGUCCCCAAUGCAAGGGAAUUCGCUGAGUGGGUGGCAAAGGUGCACCAGCAGCCGUGCCACAUUGUAUACACGGACUACCGCCCCACGCCCCUGCAGCACUACAUCUUCCCCGCCGGGGGCAUGGGCCUAUUCCUAGCCGUCGACGAGAAGGGCAAGUUCCGCGAAGCUUCCUUCCACAAGGCGAUGAAUGCAGUGGAAGGCGGGGAGGGCGGCGGAAAGGGGGAGGACGGGGAGGACGGGGGGAAGAAAGGGGGGAAGUGGGGGAAGGGGAAGCGGGGGGCGGGAGGGGGCGGUCCGGGGGGAGCCGGGGGAGGGGGAGGAGGGGGGAAGAAGGGGGAGGAGAGUGAUAUAUACAAGAUAGUGAAGAUGAUAAUGCAGAGGCAGUACGACCCGGUGAUUGUGUUCUCGUUCAGUCGGGCUGAUUGUGAGGCGCUGGCGCUGCAGAUGUCACGCAUGGACUUGAAUGACGAUGAUGAGAAGACGCUGAUUGACGGGAUUUUCAGGAAUGCGAUUGACAGCCUGGCAGAAGAGGACAAGAAACUGCCGCAGGUGAACAGCAUGCUGCCGCUGCUGCGGAGGGGCAUCGGCAUUCACCACUCGGGGCUGCUGCCCUUGCUGAAAGAAGUGAUUGAGAUCCUCUUUCAAGAGGGGUUGCUUAAGUGCCUGUUUGCCACCGAGACCUUCAGCAUCGGGCUCAACAUGCCGGCCAAAACGGUCGUUUUCACCAACGUGCGCAAGUGGGACGGCACCAAGUCCCGGUGGCUAUCAGGAGGCGAGUAUAUUCAGAUGAGCGGGCGAGCGGGCAGGCGAGGCCUGGAUGACCGGGGCAUUUGCAUUCUGAUGGUGGACUCGCGGAUGGAACCAGCGGUAGCCAAGGGGAUGGUGAAGGGCUCUGCAGACCCGCUAGUGAGCGCCUUCCACCUGUCCUACAACUUCAUUUUGAACCAGCUGAGGAGCCCAGAGGUGGAGAUCGAGCAGACCAUCAGAAGCUCUUACCGCCAGUUCCAGUCAGACAGAGCGUUGCCAGCCCUGCAGGCGCGCCUACAAGCCCUGGAAGCCGAGCAUUCAGCAAUCAGCAUCCCCGACGAGUCAAGCCUCCUCGCCCUCCUCUCCCUCCGCCGCCAACUGUCCGCCCUGAGAGCUGAAAUCCGCUCCUUCCUAACCACCCCCCUCCAUGCCCUCCCCUUCCCGUUCCCCGUCGCCCCCUUUUCCGCCCCACAGGCACGCUUACAAGCAUUGGAAGCUGAACUUUCAGCAAUCAGCAUCCCCGACGAGUCAAGCCUCCUCGCCCUCCUCUCCCUCCGCCGCCAACUGUCCGCCCUGAGAGCUGAAAUCCGCUCCUUCCUAACCACCCCCCUCCAUGCCCUCCCCUUCCCGUUCCCCGUCGCCCCCUUUUCCGCCCCACAGGCACGCUUACAAGCAUUGGAAGCUGAACUUUCAGCAAUCAGCAUCCCCGACGAGUCAAGCCUCCUCGCCCUCCUCUCCCUCCGCCGCCAACUGUCCGCCCUGAGAGCUGAAAUCCGCUCCUUCCUAACCACCCCCCUCCAUGCCCUCCCCUUCCCGUUCCCCGUCGCCCCCUUUUCCGCCCCACAGGCACGCUUACAAGCAUUGGAAGCUGAACUUUCAGCAAUCAGCAUCCCCGACGAGUCAAGCCUCCUCGCCCUCCUCUCCCUCCGCCGCCAACUGUCCGCCCUGAGAGCUGAAAUCCGCUCCUUCCUAACCACCCCCCUCCAUGCCCUCCCCUUCCCGUUCCCCGUCGCCCCCUUUUCCGCCCCACAGGCACGCUUACAAGCAUUGGAAGCUGAACUUUCAGCAAUCAGCAUCCCCGACGAGUCAAGCCUCCUCGCCCUCCUCUCCCUCCGCCGCCAACUGUCCGCCCUGAGAGCUGAAAUCCGCUCCUUCCUAACCACCCCCCUCCAUGCCCUCCCCUUCCCGUUCCCCGUCGCCCCCUUUUCCGCCCCACAGGCACGCUUACAAGCAUUGGAAGCUGAACUUUCAGCAAUCAGCAUCCCCGACGAGUCAAGCCUCCUCGCCCUCCUCUCCCUCCGCCGCCAACUGUCCGCCCUGAGAGCUGAAAUCCGCUCCUUCCUAACCACCCCCCUCCAUGCCCUCCCCUUCCCGUUCCCCGUCGCCCCCUUUUCCGCCCCACAGGCAAGCUUACAAGCAUUGGAAGCUGAACUUUCAGCAAUCAGCAUCCCCGACGAGUCAAGCCUCCUCGCCCUCCUCUCCCUCCGCCGCCAACUGUCCGCCCUGAGAGCUGAAAUCCGCUCCUUCCUAACCACCCCCCUCCAUGCCCUCCCCUUCCCGUUCCCCGUCGCCCCCUUUUCCGCCCCACAGGCACGCUUACAAGCAUUGGAAGCUGAACUUUCAGCAAUCAGCAUCCCCGACGAGUCAAGCCUCCUCGCCCUCCUCUCCCUCCGCCGCCAACUGUCCGCCCUGAGAGCUGAAAUCCGCUCCUUCCUAACCACCCCCCUCCAUGCCCUCCCCUUCCCGUUCCCCGUCGCCCCCUUUUCCGCCCCACAGGCACGCUUACAAGCAUUGGAAGCUGAACUUUCAGCAAUCAGCAUCCCCGACGAGUCAAGCCUCCUCGCCCUCCUCUCCCUCCGCCGCCAACUGUCCGCCCUGAGAGCUGAAAUCCGCUCCUUCCUAACCACCCCCCUCCAUGCCCUCCCCUUCCCGUUCCCCGUCGCCCCCUUUUCCGCCCCACAGGCACGCUUACAAGCAUUGGAAGCUGAACUUUCAGCAAUCAGCAUCCCCGACGAGUCAAGCCUCCUCGCCCUCCUCUCCCUCCGCCGCCAACUGUCCGCCCUGAGAGCUGAAAUCCGCUCCUUCCUAACCACCCCCCUCCAUGCCCUCCCCUUCCCGUUCCCCGUCGCCCCCUUUUCCGCCCCACAGGCACGCUUACAAGCAUUGGAAGCUGAACUUUCAGCAAUCAGCAUCCCCGACGAGUCAAGCCUCCUCGCCCUCCUCUCCCUCCGCCGCCAACUGUCCGCCCUGAGAGCUGAAAUCCGCUCCUUCCUAACCACCCCCCUCCAUGCCCUCCCCUUCCCGUUCCCCGUCGCCCCCUUUUCCGCCCCACAGGCACGCUUACAAGCAUUGGAAGCUGAACUUUCAGCAAUCAGCAUCCCCGACGAGUCAAGCCUCCUCGCCCUCCUCUCCCUCCGCCGCCAACUGUCCGCCCUGAGAGCUGAAAUCCGCUCCUUCCUAACCACCCCCCUCCAUGCCCUCCCCUUCCCGUUCCCCGUCGCCCCCUUUUCCGCCCCACAGGCACGCUUACAAGCAUUGGAAGCUGAACUUUCAGCAAUCAGCAUCCCCGACGAGUCAAGCCUCCUCGCCCUCCUCUCCCUCCGCCGCCAACUGUCCGCCCUGAGAGCUGAAAUCCGCUCCUUCCUAACCACCCCCCUCCAUGCCCUCCCCUUCCCGUUCCCCGUCGCCCCCUUUUCCGCCCCACAGGCACGCUUACAAGCAUUGGAAGCUGAACUUUCAGCAAUCAGCAUCCCCGACGAGUCAAGCCUCCUCGCCCUCCUCUCCCUCCGCCGCCAACUGUCCGCCCUGAGAGCUGAAAUCCGCUCCUUCCUAACCACCCCCCUCCAUGCCCUCCCCUUCCCGUUCCCCGUCGCCCCCUUUUCCGCCCCACAGGCACGCUUACAAGCAUUGGAAGCUGAACUUUCAGCAAUCAGCAUCCCCGACGAGUCAAGCCUCCUCGCCCUCCUCUCCCUCCGCCGCCAACUGUCCGCCCUGAGAGCUGAAAUCCGCUCCUUCCUAACCACCCCCCUCCAUGCCCUCCCCUUCCCGUUCCCCGUCGCCCCCUUUUCCGCCCCACAGGCACGCUUACAAGCAUUGGAAGCUGAACUUUCAGCAAUCAGCAUCCCCGACGAGUCAAGCCUCCUCGCCCUCCUCUCCCUCCGCCGCCAACUGUCCGCCCUGAGAGCUGAAAUCCGCUCCUUCCUAACCACCCCCCUCCAUGCCCUCCCCUUCCCGUUCCCCGUCGCCCCCUUUUCCGCCCCACAGGCACGCUUACAAGCAUUGGAAGCUGAACUUUCAGCAAUCAGCAUCCCCGACGAGUCAAGCCUCCUCGCCCUCCUCUCCCUCCGCCGCCAACUGUCCGCCCUGAGAGCUGAAAUCCGCUCCUUCCUAACCACCCCCCUCCAUGCCCUCCCCUUCCCGUUCCCCGUCGCCCCCUUUUCCGCCCCACAGGCACGCUUACAAGCAUUGGAAGCUGAACUUUCAGCAAUCAGCAUCCCCGACGAGUCAAGCCUCCUCGCCCUCCUCUCCCUCCGCCGCCAACUGUCCGCCCUGAGAGCUGAAAUCCGCUCCUUCCUAACCACCCCCCUCCAUGCCCUCCCCUUCCCGUUCCCCGUCGCCCCCUUUUCCGCCCCACAGGCACGCUUACAAGCAUUGGAAGCUGAACUUUCAGCAAUCAGCAUCCCCGACGAGUCAAGCCUCCUCGCCCUCCUCUCCCUCCGCCGCCAACUGUCCGCCCUGAGAGCUGAAAUCCGCUCCUUCCUAACCACCCCCCUCCAUGCCCUCCCCUUCCCGUUCCCCGUCGCCCCCUUUUCCGCCCCACAGGCACGCUUACAAGCAUUGGAAGCUGAACUUUCAGCAAUCAGCAUCCCCGACGAGUCAAGCCUCCUCGCCCUCCUCUCCCUCCGCCGCCAACUGUCCGCCCUGAGAGCUGAAAUCCGCUCCUUCCUAACCACCCCCCUCCAUGCCCUCCCCUUCCCGUUCCCCGUCGCCCCCUUUUCCGCCCCACAGGCACGCUUACAAGCAUUGGAAGCUGAACUUUCAGCAAUCAGCAUCCCCGACGAGUCAAGCCUCCUCGCCCUCCUCUCCCUCCGCCGCCAACUGUCCGCCCUGAGAGCUGAAAUCCGCUCCUUCCUAACCACCCCCCUCCAUGCCCUCCCCUUCCCGUUCCCCGUCGCCCCCUUUUCCGCCCCACAGGCACGCUUACAAGCAUUGGAAGCUGAACUUUCAGCAAUCAACAUUCCCGACGAGUCGUCCCUCCUCGCCCUCCUCUCCCUCCGCCGCCAACUCUCUGCUCUGAGGGCUGAAAUCCGUUCCUUCCUCACCACCCCCCGCCACGCCCUCCCCUUCCUCUCCCCUGGGAGGGUUGUGCGGAUACUGUGCCUGGGGGGAGGGGGCGGGGCGGGGGGAGCGGAGGGGGAAGGGGAGGGGGAGGGGGGAGGGGAAGGGGGGGAGGCGGGGGGGAUAGGGAACGAGGAGGAUGUGACUGUAUGGGGCGUGGUGGUGAAUUUCAGGAAGGUGAACCGGAGCGUGUUUUUUGAGAAUUCUCACAAAAGGGGAGUGGGAGGAGGGGAGCAGCACGAUGAGGCGGCGGAAGCAGCAGCUGACGUGGCGUAUGACGUGGACAUUCUCACGCGGUGUGUGGAGGAAGGAAGUGCAGGGCGCAUGGGGCCGCCUGGGGGGCCCAGGAAGGUGGUGCGGCCGUGCAGACCGGGGGAGGAAGGGGGCAGUCCGCUAGUUGCCUCGUUCCCUCUGACCCAGCUGGAUGGCAUAAGCGCAGUGCGCCUCUUUCUCCCAAAGGACCUGAAGCACAAGGAGCCAAGAGAGGCCGCCCUGAAGUCGCUGCAGCAGCUGCUGCUGAGAGCUGGGGCAGAUGGCGUGCAAAUGCUGGACCCUGAAGAGGAUAUGGAGGUCAACAGCUCAGCCUAUCGCAAGGCCGUGAGGAGAGCCGAAGCACUCGAAGCACUGAUCGCUUCCCACGCUCUAGCCUCGGCGCCGGACCUGCAGGUUCGGGUCCGGGAGCUGGCUCGGAAGAGCAAGCUGAAAAUUGCACUCAAAGUGCUUAAAAAGGAGGUCAAGGCGGCGGGCGGGCUUAUAUUGAAGGACGAGCUUAAAUCGAGGAUGAGGGUGCUGCGUCGAUUGGAGUACAUCGAUGAAGAUGAGAUCGUGCGAGUCAAGGGCAGGGUAGCCUGUGAGAUCUCCUCAGCAGACGAGCUGGUGGUGACCGAAUUGCUCUUCAGUGCAGCCCUGGCGGACCUCCCUCCCGAGACCGUGGCGGCGCUGCUGUCGUGCUGCGUGUGGCAGGAGAAGGGGGCCGGCGGGGCCAAGAGACCGAGAGAGAGCCUGCAGGGACCGCUGGCGCAGCUGAGGGAGAUUGCCAGGCGGAUAGCGCGCGUGCAGGAGGAGUGUAAGAUUGCCCUUGACGUGGAGACCUACGUGGCGUCCUUCCGACCCGACAUCAUGGAGGCGGUGUUUGGGUGGUGCCAUGGGGCCGCGUUUGCUGAUGUGCUGGCAGCAGCCGACACGUUUGAGGGGUCUCUGAUCCGCGCUAUGAGGCGACUGGAAGAGCUGCUGCAGGAGGCAGCUGCCUACACGUUUGAGGGGGCGCUGAUCUGUGCUAUGAGGCGGCUGGUAGCGCUGCUGCAGGAGGUGAGUGUGAGCUAUGAGUGGGUUAGUUAA